ACAGCGGAGCACGAGCCGCGGUGGACAAGCACACACCGCAACGCCUCACAGGGGCCGGGAGCUCGCCGAAAAACCUCACGUAGGAGGUGGAGGAAGUGCCGGGUGUCGCCUGUACAUUGUGGUUUACAUGUACAGCAGCCUCAGCCGAGGAUACCGUUGUGUGUACGAGGACUGUACGCUGCCAUGUCGGAGUUUCUGGUGAGUCUACUCGGGGAGCGGCUCGUCAACAGCGAGAAAGCCGAGGUGGACGUGCAGUCGCUGGGCGCCAAGCUGUCCCUGGUCGGGCUCUUUUUCGGAUGUAGCCUGAACGCACCGUGCAAGCAGUUCAACGGCAGCCUGUGCGAGUUUUACAGCAGGUUCAAAAAGACGUCUGAACACAAGGAUAAAUUGGAAAUCGUCUUCAUCUCGUCUGAUCAGGACCAGAAACACUGGCAAGACUUUUUGCAGGAGAUGCCAUGGCCUGCGUUACCUUUCAAAGACAGACACAAAAAGAUGAAGCUGUGGAACAAGUACAAGGUAACCAGCAUCCCAUCUCUGGUGUUUGUGGACGCAGCGACGGGGAAGGUGGUGUGUCGGAACGGUCUCCUGGUGGUCAGAGAUGACCCUAAAGGCCUGGAGUUCCCCUGGGGUCCAAAGCCAUUUGCUGAAGUGGUGGCGGGGCCUCUGCUCAGGAACAACAGGCAGACGACAGACAGCAGCUCUCUGGAGGGACACUACGUGGGAGUGUACUUCUCUGCACACUGGUGCCCGCCAUGCCGCAGCCUGACUCGAGUUUUGGUGGAGUCGUAUCGAACCGUCAAAGAGUCGGGACAGAAGUUUGAGAUUGUGUUUGUCAGUGCUGACAGGUCAGAGGAGUCCUUUAAGCAGUACUUCAGUGAGAUGCCGUGGUUGGCGGUGCCAUAUUCAGACGAGGCUCGGCGAUCACGACUCAACAGACUCUAUGGAAUACAAGGUAUUCCCACGCUGAUCCUCCUGGAUGCAGAAGGUCACAUGAUCACGCGACAGGGCCGCGUAGAGGUGCUGAACGACCCAGACUGCCGCCUCUUCCCCUGGCACCCUCGACCUGUACUGGAGCUCAAUGAGUCCAAUGCCGUGCAGCUCCAUGAAGGACCCUGCCUCGUUCUGUUCGUGGAUGCAGAGGAGGAAGGUGAAUUGGAGCCAGCAAAGGAAUUGAUCCAGCCAAUAGCAGAGAAGCUUAUAGCCAAGUACAAAGCCAAGGAGGAGGAGACGCCGCUGCUCUUCUUUGUGGCUGGAGAGGACGACAUGAGUGACUCCCUGCGAGAUUACACAAACCUCCCAGAAGCAGCCCCCCUGCUCACCAUCCUGGACAUGUCAGCCCGGGCAAAGUAUGUCCGUGAUGUGGAGGAGAUCACGCCAGCUGUAGUGGAACAAUUUGUCAGCGACUUCCUGGCUGAAAAGCUCAAACCAGAGCCCAUCUAAAGAGGAAGUCUGACCCUAAAUCGGACUAAAGUAUACGGGACUUACUCAGUCAUCAAACCCCUGACCUGUUCCUCUCCCUAAAUCCUGACUGUUAGAGAGAUGUCCCACUUUUUACUGACAUUUUAACAUUUUUUUAGACAUGUCCCUCUUUUCAUGGAGUCCUCUUUCUCCUGUGGUGCCUUGCAUUGAUGAUAGUCCCUACAGUAAUAUAUACGGAGAUUCUGUUGGUUCUUUUUUGGCCUCGAGAAAAGUGUUUUUUGUUUUUCACUGAAUAGCUUUUCUGAACUCUAGAGAAAACCAGAGAACAACCCAGUGGACCUACUUAUUCAGCUGAUUCUUCGCUUUCUGUCUUGUCUGCAAGAUCCUUGUUACUUUCUGAAUGAUGUUGGGAAAGAGUAAAGUGCGUUUUUGGAUGUAGUCGUAUGUAGCUGUAAGCCUUUAUGGCCCUAUUUAAAGAAAAUAGAACCCAACAGGUGCACAUACAGUAAAGAUCACAUUAUACCUGCUUGUAUCAGACCAGUGAGUGGUGUUUUAAACCCCUGUGUCUCGUUGUGUGUUAAUGAUGUGAGUGAAAGUCAUCUCUUGCCAGUCAUUAGUGGUGGUUUCUCAUCUCAAAGUCAUUCUGAGGAUUUUCUAUGAAGGUCCCUUAAUGAGAAGGUCGAGUUCUUUCCGAAAGGCACAAAAACUGGCGUUUGAAAAGUGUUGAAUGUAUAAAUCCCUGUAUUCUGUUACUCCAGUCAUGACUUCACACCCAUUAAAUAUUCACUGGCAGAGCACAAUUUUUGUUGCUUUUCAAGCUCUAUCAAUAAAGUUAGCUCUUGGAUA